AUGACGAUGAGCGGCCAUGCUGAGGAAGAGGAAGUGGCACGUCUGCUUGGCAGAAAGAGCCGAGGGGAAAAGCGUGUCUCAUUUCCUCCAGAUGAGGCAAUGGUUUCGGGAUUUGCUGAGAGCAAGGAUACAUGGCAGGAUGGUGUUCGUUUGGAUUAUCGUUCGUGUGAGUCUCUGGAGGAGAUUCUGAAAGCUGUCCGGUUUAAUCUGAUCAACCUACAGGGGGCGGAGCUCGAGGAAAAUGGCGCUUCAUCACUGAUGGAUAUGAUUUCAUACUACGAAUCAGCCACACAUCUGGAUGUGUCUUCUAAUACGAGUAUGGGAGUCUCGGGAUGGCACGCCCUCUCACGUUUACUCAUACAGAGUGGAUGCUUGUGGAGGUUGGAUGCCUGUAACAUCCCCAUAGAGGAUUAUCCUGCACAGGCCCUGUCAAGAGCCCUCCUUAGCAGCAGACUGACAGUACUGCACCUUGAAAACACUAGACUGAGUGGAAAGCCGCUCUUCACACUCGUUUGCUCUCUAAAGAAGAACAUCGCUCUGCAGGAACUCUACCUGUGUGACAAUGAGCUCAACAGUUUCCAUGACUCCAUGCAGUUAGGAGAGCUUCUCAAAUACAACAGCACCCUCCGAACCCUUGACCUUAGCAAUAAUGCCAUAUCUGACUCAGGUCUUGAGGAGCUCUGUGAUGGUCUGAGAGUUCAGAAGUCUGGUCUGAGAACAUUAGUGCUGCAUAACAACCAGAUUACUCACCGUGGAAUGAUUCAUCUAGGACGUGUUCUGCCUUUGUUGAGAACACUGGAAACGUUGGACCUUAGUGAUAACGACGUCAAGGACAGAGGGAUGCACACACUGAAGGAGGCGCUCAUCAGUAAUCGCUCGAUUACACAACUCAGCCUGGCCUCAGUGGGAAUAACAUGUGAGGGUGCUGUGGCAUUGGCCGAGUUCCUGGCUGAGACUCGGUUCCUCCAAACUCUGGAUGUGAGGCAGAACUUCGUCCUCACUGGAGGCCUGAUGGCUUUCACUCUGGCCCUGAAGCUCAACCACACUCUCGUCCAUUUAGACCUGGACCAAAACCCCAAAGAGGAGAAGGACGAGUUUCUGAUUGAAACCCAGAAGAAUUUAUUGAGCAGGAUCUCUGAUCUAUGUGCGGCUAAUGCUGCGGCGGCCUCAGAGACGGACCAGCGCUCUGAGACUCUUUUAACGCAUGACAAUGACAACAACAAUGACAGCAAUGAGAAAGAUAACGACGGUGAAGCUGCAGCUCCCCGAACACUUGCAGACAAAUAA